UGAUUUCACGUCAGUGCCGAACAGUGAGCUCCUGACUUCCGGCAGCUGCUUAAAUAUUGAAGCAUGGGGAAGCCGCGUAGGAAAGUGGAGUUCAGCCAUGCUGAGCGGAUGAUGAUGACAAUUGCCGAUGUCCUCAAGCAGCUGAUUGAAGCUCAUGAACAGGGGAAGGAUGUUAACCUUAACAAAGUGAAAACAAAAACUUCAUCCAAGUAUGGACUGACUUCACAACCUCGUCUUGUGGACAUCAUUGCAGCUGUGCCCCCUCAGUACAAAAAAGUGCUGAUACCAAAACUGAAAGCAAAACCCAUCCGGACAGCCAGUGGGAUUGCAGUGGUUGCAGUGAUGUGUAAACCACACCGAUGCCCUCACAUCACCUUCACGGGAAACAUUUGUGUAUACUGCCCUGGGGGUCCAGACUCAGACUUUGAAUAUUCAACUCAAUCUUACACAGGGUAUGAGCCAACCUCAAUGAGAGCCAUACGUGCAAGAUAUGACCCCUACUUACAAACAAGACACCGCGUGGAGCAGUUGAAACAGUUGGGACACAGUGUGGACAAGGUUGAGUUCAUUGUGAUGGGUGGGACUUUUAUGGCACUACCAGAAGAAUACAGGGAUUACUUCAUCCGUAACCUGCAUGACGCGCUCUCUGGUCACACCUCCAACAAUGUGGCAGAGGCUGUUAAGUACUCUGAACGCAGCAAUACCAAGUGUGUUGGCAUUACCAUUGAGACCAGACCAGACUACUGCCUGAAGCGCCAUCUCAGUGACAUGCUGCAAUAUGGCUGUACACGCCUGGAGAUUGGGGUACAGAGUGUCUAUGAGGAUGUAGCCAGAGAUACUAACAGGGGUCACACAGUUAGGGCUGUGUGUGAGUCUUUCCAGCUGGCAAAGGAUGCUGGCUUUAAAGUUGUGGCACACAUGAUGCCUGACCUUCCUAAUGUUGGCCUGGAGAGAGACAUCGAACAGUUCAUUGAGUUCUUUGAGAAUCCAGCAUUCCGCCCUGAUGGUAUGAAGCUGUAUCCUACACUUGUGAUCCGUGGCACUGGACUUUAUGAGCUCUGGAAAACUGGCAGAUACAAGAGUUAUUCACCCAGCACACUUGUGGAUUUGGUGGCUCGGAUCCUUGCACUCGUUCCUUCGUGGACACGGGUGUAUCGUGUUCAGAGAGACAUCCCAAUGCCCCUGGUCAGCUCUGGAGUGGAGCAUGGGAACCUAAGAGAACUAGCCUUGGCCAGGAUGAAAGAUUGGGGAACUGAGUGUCGCGAUGUGCGAACGAGAGAGGUUGGAAUCCAGGAAAUUCAUCACAAAGUGCGACCAUAUCAGGUAGAAUUGGUGAGAAGAGAUUAUGUUGCAAGUGGUGGCUGGGAAACAUUCUUGUCCUAUGAAGACCCCGAACAGGACAUUCUAAUCGGACUACUCCGCCUGCGGAAGUGCUCUGAGGAAACGUUUAGAACAGAGCUGAAGGGAGGAGUGUCUAUUGUGCGAGAACUCCAUGUAUAUGGCAGUGUAGUGCCUGUCAGUGCGAGGGAUCCAUCCAAAUUCCAACAUCAGGGUUUCGGAAUGCUUUUAAUGGAAGAGGCAGAACGGAUUGCUCAAGAAGAACACGGAUCAUCCAAAAUAGCUGUUAUUUCAGGUGUUGGUACAAGGAACUAUUACAGGAAGAUUGGUUAUGAAUUGGAAGGACCGUACAUGGUCAAACGUUUGGACUGAGCUCAUUCAUUUUCCAGCAAUUGUUGAGCAGGAUGCUGUUUGAAAAUCCUGACCACCGCAAGCUGCGCUUUUAAAAAUGAUUUUGCUUUGUUGAACCUUAAAGGAUUAAAGGCUUCCUUUAACCUUUGACCCAAUCAGCAAAAUCACUGAUUCAUUAUGCUAGUUUUGACAAACUAUGUGGCUUGUCUGGAUUGAAAAUGGCAAUUGAUUGUCAAGUCCAACAUGACCUCAGUCACAUUAGGAUUGUGUGCAGGUUUCCCCUCUGUUACAACAAUAGACUAUCCUUGUUAUACACGUGUGGAUCCAGCCAAAGGAGGAUUUUCUAUUGUCACACAAGACAAUGAUGGAUACAGAUGGUUAUUUGGCUCCCCAUGAAAUAUCGAAUUGCUUAUUGAUUCAUAGAUUUUGCUUUCCCCUUCUCGUAUAUCUUCUGUUCUUCAAGGUUGAAAGGCACCUGCCUCUCCAUACACAGGACUGUGACAGAUUGGAUUGUUGGGACUGAGCACUAGUUCCAGCUGUUGAAGUUGUUCAACGGUAGGUGGUUUUAGGAAAUGGAGUUUAAAAUAUUUACAGGUUAACUGGUCAGUCAUUGGUAAUGGUCCAUUGAGAUGGUGGUGCAAAAGUAACCAUUACAAUUUAACUGAUGAAUGUUUGAAACAUUAAAUACAUUUUAACAUUA